AUGCUCAUGAACCUCGAAGCGAACGAUAAUGGGAUCGAAGCGACGCGCACACGUGUGCGAGGUCCCGGCGACAGCACGCGGCGCCGUGCCGACAACCAGGUCCCGUUCCAGAGAGUCUCCGUCGCCGGUAUACAUAUCACUGGGGUGCCCAUAGAGGAGCUGAUACGUUCAGCCACUCUGCUGGUCGAAGCGUUGGGCUUGCGUCGCUACUACAUGGAGGCCGCCCAGCAGUCCUUCCCGGAGACGCUGGUGGAGUUCUUCUCCGGGCACGGCUCCCCGCGGCGAAUGCUCGACAAGCACAAGGAAUCUAUGGACUUUACCCGCGCUUUACUUAAUUUGGACAGUAUGGCAGCCGAGCAGUAUCUACAGCUGACAACGUGCUCCUCCGAAGAGUUCCAGCAACGACACAACAAUGUAACUCUUAGUCCGCACCAUUCCGUUACUAGAUUUCCACUGAUGAGCAGAAUAUCCAUGACAAAGCCGGCUGACACAAUGAGAACUUCCUUGGAGAGCCACGAAGAUGUGGAGCCAAUGAUGGGACUCGUGGACCCGUGGGCUUGUCCCAGCCCCCCGGAUCGGCGCUACUCGUUCCGAUGGGUGGACGGUGUGGUCGCGGUCUACCGCAGCGAGGGUGAUGCGGCUUCGGGCAGGCCCUUACCUUACCGCACCGUCAAAUUCAAGCAGUACGUCGACGAUAUGGGGAAGCUGAGCGACAUGGUCGCUGAUGGACCGCUGAAAUCGUUUUGUUUUCGUCGUCUGAGCUACCUGAAGUCUAAGUUCAAGAUGCACGUACUGCUGAAUGAGCUUCACGAGUUGGCUUUACAGAAAGCUGUUCCGCAUCGAGACUUCUAUAAUAUCAGAAAAGUGGAUACUCACAUUCACGCUGCGUCGUGUAUGAACCAGAAACAUUUGUUGCGAUUCAUCAAGCGUACCCUGCGGCAGAACGCCCACGAGGUGGUGGCCUUGCAACGCGGGGUCCCGAUGACCCUCAAAUCCGUGUUUGAGGAGAUGCAGCUCGACGCCUACGACCUCAACGUUGACAUACUGGACGUUCACGCGGACCGCAACACUUUCCAUCGUUUUGAUAAGUUCAACGCCAAAUACAAUCCGGUCGGAGAGAGCCGACUGAGGGAAGUGUUCUUGAAGACCGACAACUACAUGAACGGAACGUAUUUCGCCAACAUCAUUAAGGAAGUGAUGUCGGAUUUCGCAGAGAAUAAGUACACGUAUUCCGAGCCCCGCAUCUCGGUGUACUGCAAGAGCAGCAGUGAGUGGAGUCGGCUGGCGUCGUGGGCGGUCCGGAACGACGUGCACUCGCCCCACGUGAGGUGGCUCGUGCAGGUCCCCAGGCUCUAUGAUAUCUACCGUAUCAACAAGUUGCUGAAGAAUUUCCAGCAGUUUCUGAGCAACCUUUUUGAUCCGUUGUUUGAAGUUUCCAUCGACCCCAGUUCCAAUCCGGAGCUGCACAAGUUUUUGGCGCACGUGAUCGGGUUCGAUAGCGUGGACGACGAGUCCAAGCCGGAGAUUCCGAACCUCAGCGAACAUAUGAGAACUCCCGAGGAAUGGAACGACGAGGAGAACCCUCCGUACGCGUACUACCUGUACUACAUGUACGCUAACAUGGUCACCCUCAAUGAGCUGCGCAAGGAGCAGGGGCUGAACACGUUCGUGCUGCGCCCCCACUGCGGGGAGGCCGGCCCCGCCGCGCACCUGAGCGCCGGAUUCCUGCUCGCCGAAAACAUAUCUCAUGGACUCAUCCUGAGAAAGGUGCCCGUGCUCCAGUACGCGUACUACCUGGCCCAGAUCUACAUCGCGAUGUCUCCGCUCAGCAACAACUCGCUGUUCCUCAACUACCACAGGAAUCCGCUGCCGGAGUACUUCGCGAGAGGACUCCGGGUCACUCUGAGCACGGAUGAUCCUCUGCAGUUCCAUUUUACUAGGGAGCCGCUGAUGGAGGAGUACAGUAUAGCCGCGCAGGCGUGGAAGCUCAGCUCGUGCGACAUGUGCGAGCUGGCCAGAAACUCUGUGCUCAUGUCCGGGUUCCCGCACGAGAUGAAGCAGUACUGGCUGGGCGCGCAGUACGUGCACGAGGGUCCGGCCGGGAACGACAUCACCAAGACCAACGUCCCCGACGUCAGGAUCUCGUUCCGCCACGAGACCUUACUCGACGAGCUGGACAAUUUGUUUAGCGCAGCCGAAAAAUAAACCAGAAAAGGGGACCGGUAGCUGGAAACAAAUGACUUUGAUUUUAAUAAAAAAAUAAAUCAC